GUGACAGCCAGUGAGGGAGAGGUGGAGGAGAUGAAGAGCAAGAAUGCAGGGAGGACAAACAGACUUCAGAAUGGUAUCACCUGUUACCAUACCAAAGGUGGCGUUCUUUGCUGGUUUGUCUGAAACAGGAGGGUUUCUGGGACCCUUCAACACUGAAACCUCACUGGUCUACACCAAUGUCAUCACCAACAUUGGCCAGGCCUACAGCCCAGUUACAGGUGUCUUUGCUGCUCCAGUGAGAGGAGUCUACUACUUCAGAUUCUCUGGCAUGGAUGCCACAACAUCACAGUACAUGGACUUCUGUUUGUUCAAGAAUGACCAGGGUAUAAUGUGGAAUGGACAGUACAAUAGUCAACAAAGGCGACAGUAUCUAUCCAAUUCGUUGACUCUAGAACUGGAGGAGGGGGACUUGGUCUACAUGUGCCUCCCAUCAGGCUACAGGAUCUAUGAUGAUUCAGAUAAACACAGCUCCUUCAGUGGCUUCCUACUCUUCCCUAUGUGAGAUGAACACCACAAAAGCUAUAAUAAAAAGUCUGAACUGUUCUUAUAACAUUCCAUGAAACAUGAAGGUAAAAUAAAAUGACUAACGUCUUCUGUUCUGUUGACGUUUGACUAUUUACUAUGA